AUGCUCUGCUUUGAUCCUGUCAUCAUCACUGUAUUUGUGCUUCUCUUCGAAAGCACACAUGCCGUAUUUUAUGCGACGAAGAUGGAUGCUGUGUCGACCACAGGAUUGCCGCGUCUGUCCGAAUUGAAUCAAAGAAUUUUUCAUGAAAACGGAUUUCAUGGUGAAGUGUUUGGAUUUGCAGCAAAGCGUGAGGAGGAAUGUGGGAUCGUGCUGCUAGUUUACGCUUGUCCAGCCACUGCUACCAUAGUGCUCGCUACACGUUUGAAGAAUACGCACUGUCAUGCAGUGGGUGAGACGAUACACACCCCUGUUGAAGUUCUAGAGCCGGUCACCGUGGUAGAGAUACCGAAAGGUCUUGACCCGAUAAUUUUUGAAACAUCAAAAAUGGCUGAACGUGUACGAAUGGCACAAAAGUACAAAGAUGUUUCGGAGAUCGGCCAUGCAGCUAAGGAAAGUUUUGAAAGACUCGAAGAGGACCGCACUGUGAGAUUUCUACCCCCAAAAAUAUUUGAAGAUGGGGCGCAAACUAGAGUUAAGAGAUGUGAUGCGCGUGGAGAAGAACCUAGUACAUCUUACGAUCACAUAGAAGAAGAUGCCCUAGAAAGAGAGAGGAUUGCGGUUGAUGUGAUGGAAGCUGAAUCCACACCGAAGUCCCAAGCUAUACAAAGUUUCGAGGCUAGUAAAGCAGCGAAGCAAGGUACUUCACGAACGGCUACGCCAAAAACAACAACGUCCACUUUCUACACGCGGUUUGGAGAUGAGGCUUUUGAAGGUGGACCAGUGGAAACAGUGUUCAAAACUGCGCCAAAUGUCGAACUUAUGUUUUCUGUUAUGAAAUGGAUGAUCAAGCACCGGAAUACUAUAAGGAGGAGUACAUUGUGCCAAAGAAACAAAAGAAAAGUGAACAUUGACUAUUACUCGUGA